AUGACAAAAUGGUUAUUAAGAUUGCAAGACUAUCAAUACGAGUUUGUAUGUACACCCGGAAAAAUAAACCGUUGGUUACCAGCAUUAUCGGAAAAUCCCGUAGGAAAAGUAGAAAGUGAAACAGAAGAGAAUGAAACUACAGAUACAGAUUCUAGUGAAAGGCUGACUCCAGAAAAUACAGAAGACGAAGAAGAAAAACCGAAAAUAAAGGAAAACAGAACAUUCCCUAUAAGUAGCGCCGCAAGAAAAUACAACGAAAAAGCAAAUAAAAAACUAGACCAUUUAAUCGCUGGAAACAAGAAAAGAAUGAAAAAUACAGAAGAUCAAAGAAAACAAUUAAAUAAUCCUAUGAGAAAUAGGUCAAAAUCAGAUUCAACGUUAAAAGGUAAUAAGAUUGAAAGUCCCAUAGAAAAAAGAAAAAAAGGAAGACCCCCCGGAAAAACGAAACCAAAAAUGACGGAUAUAGAUAUAGAUGAUCGUCCAAUUGCUACAAGACUCAGAAGUCAAAUUCCAAAAUCUACAGUAACAAAUUACGAGGCGGAAAAAAUAAAUGACAAACAGUGUGAAGAAGUAGAAAUUGCAUCAAGUUCAGACGAAGAGAGGACAGAAUCUCCGGAACUGAUUCCUAUAUUAAGAAAACAAUAUAGUGUGCUACCCUCAUUAGUUGAUGGACCAUCUACCUCGAGAGAUUAUUCAUCAGAAAGUGACGAGGAACCCAUAGAGAGAGAAGAGAUAGAAGAAAAUAAAAUAGUCAUACAAGUUGACCCUCCUGUAGAUAGCUCCGACAGUGAAGAAGAAGUUUUUCAGGAAGCUGUAGAAACGGAAACUGAAAAUCCCGUAAAUGAAAAUUCAGAAAAUGACCAAUUAGAUACAACAAAAAAGGACACUCUACAACCGGAAGGUGUAAACCAAGAUACAUUAGAAGGUAUAUUGGAAUCCAUAAGAAGAUUCGACAAUUCAAUGGCAGAACAUCAAUCGUAUUUCUGGGAUAACAAAAUGUUCGAAAAAGAGACGGAAAUUGAAAACUCACAAAAAAUUCUCACUACAGAAGACAAACUGGACGAAGAACCAAAGGACAUCGAAGAGAUCAUGGAAGAAUUACGAGAUAUAGCACAAAAUCUCCCAAAACUUAAUACUGAAAAACAAACCGGGGAAGAACAAUUAAGGAAAGAAAAAAAAAGAAAAUCCGUAACCUUCGACACCCCUUUACGGCUCGAAUUACCUAAAGCUCGAUCAACACCUUACUUAAAAGAAACCAUUACAGGAGAAUCAGACACUGAAGAAGAAGUAGAAAACAAAAAAAAACGUUUAAUUCCAAGAAGAUUAACGGAGACAGAAAUAAAUAAAACAACAGAGAAAACCCCACCCCAUAUGAAAUUAGGGUUAUGA